AUGGAUCCCCUUUUGAACUGGGCUAUUUUACUCUUUGUUAGUAGCGGCUUCUUCUGGUACUAUAGAACCAGUUCUCGACCUAGAGCCGGGCCCGCAUUUUUCAAACCUGCCCCUGAAAGACACGAGAAUGGGUCUGCAACCAAAAAGGCAAAGCGGAAAGCAAAGCACAAUACCAGCAGCAGUGGUACUCCUAACCCACCUUCAAGACCCUUAGAGCAGGUCCAUGAAAAACCAAAGGUCGUUGCUCCUCCAGGAGAGGAGCUCCCAGAUGAGAGGAUGGAUAAUAAGGAGUUUGCAAGGCAGCUCGCUAAGGCGAAAGAGGGCGCCAAGCUCCCCCAUACCAACAGCAAAUCCAAGGAGAUCCGCACUAAGAAAAUCAGUGCCAGCGGAGAUGAGUCUGACAACAAGGAUGCUACCGAACUAUCCACAUGUACCUCAUCCUCCACAGGGGCAGAUGCUGAUGAUGAUCUUUCCAUUAUGAAUUCACCUGUUGUCAACCCUGCUCGGCCAGUGGCAGGUGAUGUCUCCGAUAUGCUCGAGGCUGGGCCAGGCGGGCUAUCCUGUUUCCGUUUGGUAAUCACUCCUCAGCAGGAGCAGGCUCCGAAGAAAAAGCAAAAGACGCAAGAUACUGGGGAGACGAAGAAACAGCGCCAACGAAGGCUCAAGAAUGAAAAUAGAAAGAUGAUGGUGCAAGAAGCAGAGAAGGAGCGUCGCAUUCAGCUUGAAAAACAGCUCCACGGUGCCCGAGAACAUGAACGACGUGAGGCUGCGAAAGCUAAACCUCCUACAACGAAUGCCUGGCGAAACGGUACCCUCAGCAACCAAACCAACGACCAAACUAACGGUAUCUCCAAGCCUACGAUCCCACCUCCCACCGCCCUUCUGGAUACCUUCGAUCCAACCCCUCAACCCGCGGACAAACUCGAAGCAUCAUCCGACAACUCGAGGCCGUCCUCCUAUAUGGAUAACUGGACCAAUAAUCUCCCUUCUGAGGAAGAGCAGAUGCGUAUUAUACUGAGCGAAAAUGAGUGGACGACAGUAUCCAGUCGCAAAAAGGAGCGGAAGAAUGGCUCAAAGCGACCUGAAAGCGUCAGUGAGGCGAGCAGUUCGGACUUCCUCGCUGCUAAAGAUUCCGAGCCAUCAAUAGCCCCAACGACAGCGACAGCCCCCGCUGUUGAGGAACAUUUCGAGGCGUUCAGCGGCAAAGGCCACCCACUGGACUCUGAUUGGGAUCCUUGA